UAAAGGUGGACUUCACGCUAUCUAAACCAAAAAAAUGUUACGACUCUUACUAUAAUCGAAAAUCCGUGAGAGAGAACUUGAGGUCAUAGACUGUCGCUAGUUAACGUUGUUGGCUAGCUACAUUCAAUGCUGCUAUGUUUAACUAAUUAUCUGGCAACGUACUGCUUCUCACGUGUAGCGAACUCGUUUGGCAGCUGGCUGUUUCAAUUGAAAGGUACACUGCUGCAUUUCCCAUAGUUUGUGUAUUCUUUAAUGUUGUUGUGAAGUCGGAUAGGUAGCUACCACAUAACUGUGGCUGACAAUGUGUGUUGUGGCAUCCAAAUAUCGCUAGCCAGCUUGCUAGUUCUUCUUAAGUACUUGUACUUGCUUUCCAGUAUGCUAGUUUCUUGAUAUCAGGGAUACAUCUGGUUAAAUUGUUGGUUCCUUUCACGAACUGUGUCACUUUGGGUUAGGUUAUUUGAUAUCAGUGAGUUAUCAAACACUAAAGUGUUAUGACAGCUGUCAUGAACGCUGAAGGAAGAUGGUCCAGACUCCGGGCUACAGCUGACCAAUAUUGUAAACUUAAUGACUGUAGCUAAAUAAAACAUCAUGGUUUUGAAUGAGAUAGUAAAAGCAUUGUGUUGAUCAGGCACAUACACCACCUAGAUUAAGUAGGAAUGUUAAUAUUCUCAAAACAGGAUUUUCAGACAUGCACUAUAAUUUUUCACUGGUGAUAUUUCAGAAUCUUGUAUAUCCCUAUUAAAUCCUAGACUGAGUCUCUGUAUUAGGUUUGCGAUUGAAUAAAAUGUUUAGUAAUUUGUUUGUGCAGGUCAGGAUCAGUGUCACAGGGGUAAUCUAGGGUAAGCACUGUGCACGGAAGCACAUCACUUGCUUCAUCGUGGAUUCCAACACAAAGGUGUCUGCUCUAAGUCCCAGACUCAGGUGCUUAUCAAAAAAUUCUAACCAGCGAAGGAAAGUGACCUUCCAUUUUAAGGAAGGAUGCUGUCCCUGUCGCGGGUGUUGGUGAACGCCGCGGCGCGAUCGCCGGUUGCGGUCAGCCAGUGCGGCGCGACGGCGCUGAGUCGGUUCAGCAGCGCCGCAGCUCAGCAGGAUAAGCCGAAGAAGACUAAGUUCGGGCCGCUGGCAGACCAGGAUCGGAUUUUCACCAACUUGUACGGUCGCCAUGACUGGAGGUUGAAGGGUGCCAUGAGUCGGGGUGACUGGUACAAGACGAAGGAGAUCCUGCUGAAGGGGGUGGACUGGAUCCUCAACGAGGUGAAGACCUCAGGCCUGAGGGGAAGGGGCGGAGCCGGCUUCCCCACCGGCAUGAAGUGGAGCUUCAUGAACAAGCCGAGCGACGGCCGGCCGAAGUACCUGGUGGUGAACGCCGACGAGGGGGAGCCGGGCACCUGUAAGGACCGGGAGAUCAUGCGCAGCGAUCCGCACAAGCUGGUGGAGGGGUGCCUGGUGGCCGGCCGAGCCAUGGGAGCCCGCGCCGCGUACAUCUACAUCCGGGGCGAGUUCUACAACGAGUCGUCGAACCUACAGGUGGCCAUCAACGAGGCCUACGCCGCCGGCCUGGUCGGCAGGAACGCCUGCGGCUCGGGCUACGACUUCGACGUGUUCGUCAUGCGCGGGGCCGGCGCCUACAUCUGCGGCGAGGAGACGGCGCUCAUCGAGUCCAUCGAGGGCAAGCAGGGCAAGCCCCGCCUCAAGCCGCCCUUCCCGGCCGACGUGGGGGUGUUUGGCUGCCCGACGACGGUCGCUAACGUGGAGACGGUCGCGGUGGCGCCCACCAUCUGUCGCCGCGGUGGUCCGUGGUUUGCCACUUUCGGGAGGGAGAGGAACUCCGGGACCAAGCUCUUCAACAUCUCGGGCCACGUGAACACCCCCUGCACCGUGGAGGAGGAGAUGUCCAUCCCCCUCAAAGAGCUCAUCGAGAGACACGCGGGAGGAGUGCGGGGCGGCUGGGACAACCUACUUGCAGUGAUCCCCGGGGGGUCCUCCACACCCCUCAUCCCCAAAUCGGUGUGCGAGGAGGUGCUGAUGGACUUUGACGGCCUCAUUCAGGCACAGACCGGCCUGGGCACGGCUGCACUCAUCGUCAUGGACAAAUCCACGGACAUCAUCAGAGCCAUCGCUCGCCUGAUUGAGUUCUACAAGCACGAGAGCUGUGGCCAGUGCACCCCCUGCAGGGAAGGAGUGGACUGGAUGAACAAGAUGAUGUGGCGAUUCGUGCGCGGGAAUGCAAAGGUCUCGGAAAUCGACAUGAUCUGGGAGAUUAGCAAGCAGAUCGAGGGACAUACCAUCUGCGCGUUGGGAGAUGGAGCUGCCUGGCCAGUACAGGGAUUAAUUCGACACUUCCGCCCCCUUAUGGAGGGUCGCAUCUCCGAGUUCCAGGAGCAGCAGCAAGCUCGGGCUUGAGCUACAUUUCUGCCACUCAUUUCAGCCUCUCUCUUCUAUUAUUAUUUAACAAAACUGCUUAUAAUUAUGAAUCAUUACAUGAGCUCUCUGUAUGAAACUUCCAAUAAAGUUCUAAGAACCUUA